AGCCAAUCAUGGGCUGGCUCAACGAUUGAAUCCCAGAAGCAGCGCGUUUCGCGUCGACGUCAGGCAAUUGGCUUUGGGGCAUGACUAUAACAACAACACCGAAUAUUGAGAUUUAUAGCUGAAUUUUCAAAAGGCCACUGAUAUCGAAGGAGACCCCCCCGACACUCAUGUCUUUUACUGCAUUUAAUGCCCCUCCGCCGAAGGCUUUGCCAAAGGUGGUGAAAGCAGAGCCAGUUGUUGUGCGAGAACCAAAGAGGAUACCUGAAUUUGAGGCAGCGUUUGCUGAGAGGCCGGAUCUUUUCCAGCGAUUACAGUUUCUGGCAGCCACAGAUGAGCGUCUAAUCUUAGACCUCUCGAAUUACAUUGUCUCCCUCAAACAGCAGCUGCAAGCAAGUUCGACACAACCGUCCGACGCACAGCACUUAUCAAAGAAACGCAGAUUGGAAGAUGGAGGGGCUGCCAAUGGAAGCACUGCAGACUGGGCGAAUCGUAGUAGGACGGCCGUUUACACUGCAGGCGACGUGUCUUUUUCGAUUCCACAGCGCAAGAAGCUACGUCUGGAGUGGACAGACGCCCCGCAUGGAGGAAUAAGAGCAGCGAAUGUGGCAGGCGAGUUUGAGUUCGGCGUCUCAUGGCAAGACAUCGACCAAGUCUUCGCUCUGCCCGUUCCUGAAAAGGCGAAGAAGCAACACAACUUUAUCAUAUUUCCCACAGGCGGGAAUGGGCUCCUACCGCCUACACAGGGGGCGCCAGAACCCAUAGUAUGGAUGACGCUUGAACCAGGUCCUAAGGAUACAGAUGCGCUCCAGGAGCCGGAGCACACCGUCAGCCUUCUCAAUGCCCAAUUAUCCCGUCUUGGCAAAGAGGUCAUUCUUCCGUCUUCGGACGAGUUUGAGUCGGCAAUUCCAGACGUAAUGCGUAAGGGAGAACCCGCGUACCACGUCAAAGCCCAUCGUGGCUCCAAGGAUGGAUUCCUGUUCUUCCUGUCGCAGGGCAUCUUGUUCGCUUUCAAAAAGCCACUACUGUUUCUGCCAUUUUCAUCCAUCAGAAGUGUGAGCUACACAUCUGUUCUCCAACGAACCUUCAAUCUCAACAUCUCUGUCGAAUUCGCGUUGCCAGGGGAGAGCAGCAAAGAGGAAGAGAUUGAAUUCUCCAUGUUGGACCAAGCCGACUUUGCGGGAAUAGACGGAUAUGUCAAGCGUCACCAUCUGCACGACGCGUCUCUUGCUGCAAACAGAAAGGCGAAAGUAUACGAUGUCAACAAGCCUCGUGGUCCCAAAGGUAGCACGGUCACUUCCGAUAGUGUUGUCACGUCGAGUGGACGUGAUAAUUCCGGCAGAUCUUCCGAGCACGGCGAGGCCAAUGAGAUGUCAGAGUUGCAAAAGGCUGAACAACAGCUGCAAGACGAGGAAGACGAAAUGGAAGAAGAUUAUGUGGACGAAUCUGAAGAAGGAGGCUCGAGUGAGGACGAGGAUUAUGGUGAGGAUGCCAUUGCUGAUGCCGAUGAGAGCGACGAGGAAGAGGAUGAGAACCGGGAAGGAGAAGAGUAGCAUUGAUGACAGGAAUAUGCCCCCGUCAUUGGCACACUCUGCGAGAUGAGAUGAGACCAGUCUCCUGAUGCUACCAACGCCGUCUUAGACUUCAUUCUCCCUCUUUCAUUUGUUUCCUGAAGUAUCGGGCACGCUAGAUAUCUCAGCAGAGCUUCUUUUGCUCGGGCACGUCCGAAUGAAAAGGAAAAGAUGAACGGUCUUGUCCAACGUGAGAAACGUCUGCCAUGAGGGUUCACAUUAAUCCCUGGUAUUCGCAACAUUUUGCACGAACAUAAAAGCCACUGCUGCAGCGUCGUUCGCCAAGAUUUAGAGAAACCCAGAGAAACGAAUUGACUGCAUUUCCUAGUG